GUCACACCAACUCUGUUUCCUGGUCAUGAGGUGGAAAUGCAUUGCAAUGCACACCUAGGACACACAAAUGCGUUUGACUACGUCGUUUUCAUGAGGUGACGACGCGUGAAUCAAUACUUGACAGGUGGAACUUCCUGCUAUUUACCGGAUUCUUACUUCCGAUCUUCGGAAUGCGUUUUGUUUUGGCUUAUCAGCAGCGAAAUAAUCAUGAUUUCGACUCCGAAGACGAAUAUGAUUCACAAAUGAAUUUUAACCGGGUAUAAAAUAUCUCUAUACAGUAUUGUUAAGUCGGUUACAUACAAUAAUGUUAGUUAGAAAGGCGUGUUUACGUUGGGUCUGAUACGAGCUAUUUAAAUGCUAAUCACUCGUAAACACAACAACAGUUUGCUAACUACACUCGUCAUCUUUACUCACCAAAAUGAAGACCAAGACCCCUGUUUUAAUUUUAUGCUUUUUGCUCGCGAUAGGUGUGUUUGGUGCUGAUGUAAAGUCAGUGAUGGAGGGAGAUUCUGUCACACUACACACUGAUCUUACUGAUUUACGGGGAUAUGAACUCAUACUGUGGAUAUUUGGACCUGACAGCACCCGUAUAGCUCAGAUCAACAAUGUAGCCAAUAAGAUCUCCAUAUACAAUGAUGCUCUUGAUGGGAAAUUCAGAGACAGAUUGCAGCUGGAUGAUCGGACUGGAUCUCUGACCAUCACUAACAGCAAAGCCGAAGACUCUGGACUUUACGAACUGCAGAUCAUUGGUGGAAAAGACAUCCCACCCAAGAAAUUCAGUAUUAUUGUUUCUGCUCCUCUGCCUGUUCCUGUCAUCAGCAGUAACUCUUCACAAUGUUCUUCAUCAUUUUGUUCAUUGGUGUGUUCAGUGGUGAAUGUGGGUCAUGUGACUCUCUCCUGGUACAAAGGAAACAGUUUAUUGUCCAGCAUCAGUGUGUCUGAUCUCAGCAUCAGUCUCUCUCUACCUCUGGAGGUGGAAUAUCAGGAUAAAAACAGCUACAGCUGUGUGCUCAACAAUCCCAUCAGCAACCAGACUCAACAUCUGGACUCAACUCAGCUCUGUCUCACAUGUGCAGUGGAUGCAUCAAGUUUAACCAAAGGAGACGGCUUAUCGUUAGGUCACAUGGUGCUGAUCUGCAAUAUUGUAGUUAGUGUACUAGUCUUGGCUGUGGUUGGGAUGUUCAUUAUCUACUGGAAAUAUAGAAAAAAGGAUCAACCGGAUUCUCCAGAUGAUGAUUUGGCUGAGACCGAUGAACUGAAGACAAUCUCCACGAGGGUGGGAGAGUCAGUCAUUCUAAACACUGGUGUUACUGCAAUACAAAGUUUUGAUGUGCUGCAGUGGAGGUUUGGAGAAUUAAACACAGCAAGCACAAACCCAUUCACCGUCAUCGCCAAACUGAAUGAAAAAAACAAUUUUGAUUUUACUGCUCGUGUUGAGAAACUCAGAGACAGCUACAGACGCAGAGUACACCUGGAUAAAAAAAAUGGAUAUCUUACAAUUAAUGAAAUCCGAUCCACAGAUUUUGGAAUUUAUAAACUGAAUAUCUCCAGGAAGGGGAGAAAUGUGAUUUCCAAGUCAUUUAUCGUCCGAGACUCCUCAGAAGACGAAGAGAAUGUUCAAGAAGAGACAGAAACAUUAAUGAAUGGAGAGACUACUGCAAACACUUGUCUAUAGCGUCUGUUACAUUAUCCUUACUAUAUAAAACAUCUCUAAUUUUAUGAGCCUUUAAAACUAGAAAAUGUGUUUAAAAUAAUGCUGCAUACUGUUAACCGAUGAAAAGUAACAUAACAAAGGGUUGCUUUUGACUUUACACUAACUAUUUUGUCAUUGUUGUUUUUGUCGUUUACAGUUGAUGAAAUGUAUUAUGCAGAUAUUCAUGUUACAUUAGUAUCAAUUGUACAGAUUUGAUUAUUGUAAAUGAACAAAAUAUUUUUUUAUGGUGUCUGCCCUCUAGUGUACAAUUUAUAUAAUGGCGUGUUUUUUUUAAGCUCUAACUAAUAAUGUGAAUGAGAGGCUGCAACUUUGUUCUGAAUGUAAUGUAAUUAUCAUUAAGAACAAAGUAUGAG